AUGUCUAACAAAUCCACUCAUCCCGUUCCCGAACCCACUGACAUCGCGGGUCCAUUGCCCCGGUCGACUCACCCAAUGCUCACCCGUUCUCGGCGGAAGAAACUGGACGAAUGCGUUCGGAAAGCCGUCAACCUACUUAUAGAUCUUGUUAAGGAGGUUGUUAUCGAAGACUCAGACAAGCCCGAUGACCCUUCAGCUGCGAUUGCGGCUGAGGAUACAGCGGACGAUGAACCAGUCUUCGAAGUUAUGGAGGAGUGGGCAGUGAGGGCAGUGAGCCGUUAUAAGUAUACUCUGGGGGACAAGGUGACCUCGUUCUCCUCUGUAACUCAGGAGACCAUAAAGAAACUGGGCGUUGACACAACCUGCAUUGGGGAGCUGGACGCAGAUUUCAUCGACAAGCUUCAAGAAGGGGCCUCCAUUGAAGUCGUAUCCGUGGAAGACAGUGCCCUCGACUCGGGCCAUUCAGAACGUGGCCCCAACAAGCAUCCGGUUGAAGCCAAUGAUGCCAAUCCCAAUGCGCUCGCCGCUCCGCCAGUCAAGGGCCCAACCCGAAAGCGUCGCCGCACAUCUAGUACCGAGGAGGCCGCUCACCUGCAGGCAGCUGAACCUGAGGCUGCACCAGUCCCUUGCAAUGGUCAUAGGCCAGACGCCAGCCCUGUUCCUUCUGACGAGUCUGGAUCAUCCUCGGGUCCUCCCCGAGGGUCCUUUCGACGUCGAGUGGGAUCGUAUGCAAAAUAUCGUCUGUGGCCACCUCGAUUGGAUCUCAACCCGUGUAGGCAUGAAGUCGCCACUAAACCUAAGGAUCAGAACACCAAGGACGAGCUGAGCCCAGUUGGAAUUCAAGGUACUGACGGGAAACAUCAUUAUUUUACGGGUAGGGUUGACUACGUGACUGUUGGAGGGGUUGGGGGUGUCAAUCAGGAAGAUUUGCAGGCGGUAUCCACUUUUUCCGCUCUUCAAGGCCUCCUCUUCAAGGAACUGAAACGUGGUGCAUGCCGCAUGUGUAUAUUUGAAUCCAAACGUCGAAAAGGUGUUAAAGGCCUUCUAAAUCACCUACCCCAGGUUAAGGUCGAGACUCUUGCCAGGGUUGGGCAAAUGCCUUUUGUUUUGUCAGAUGGUGAUAACUAUGUGUGUGGAUUGGUUGUUGGAGUUAAGGAGGGCGGAUACAAGUGCUAUCACACAGCCAGUUAUAACAUACUAGCCAAGGACACUAACAAAGCCGAUCCCGUUCGGGUGAAGACCAUUGUCAAGGUGCUCUCACUGUUGGUCAGUACCAUGUAG